AUGUUUGGUAAAAUAUCUUUGAGCUCAUCAACAGCAACAACUGAUGUUUUACAACCAGUUAAAUUGCCAAAAGAUUCAUCAAGUGCUUCUUUGAUGGAUUUUGCAUUUAUCAAGUUGAAAUGUGGAUGUGGUCUUUACCAUCGUGAACUGAAAAAGAAUCCAGCUUUAUUGUGUCAUGCAGAAUCUGACGAUCCUGUAAUGAAUAUCACUCAUUGGACUGGUUAUAUUGAUGGACCAGAAGAAACACCAUUUGUUGGUGGAAGAUUUUAUCUCAAUAUUGACUUUCCAGCAGCAUUUCCAUUCAAACCAUCACAUAUUCGUUUUAUUAGACCAAUUUAUCAUCCAAAUAUUAGUACAAAAUGUGAAAUAUAUUUAGAUAUUCUUUAUUCUCAAUGGUCUCCAGUAUUAAGUAUUCGUGCUCUCUUAAUAUCAUUAUGUUCAUUAUUAAUAGAUCCCAAUGUUGAAUAUGGAUUGAAUAGAAACGCGUUGAAGCUCUAUCAAGUAGAUAAGCAAAAAUAUGAAGAAAUAGCAAGGGAAUGA